AUGCCCCCGACUGGGCGGGCAGCGUGCUCUGCUGGCCAGACCGCGCGGAGUUCGAGGACAGCGCCAGCGGAGCACAGCACCAGGCGCAGCGAGAAGGCAAAGAGCGCGCAGUCAAUGCAGGCGGCCCAGGCCUCUGCAGGUUCCACAGCGCAAAGGCCUGCCGCUCUAAAGCACCGCGCAUACUCGGCGCCCAUGGUGCCCAAGCACCGCGGCCAUGGAACCGAAGACGACACAGGGGACCUGGGCUACGAGCCCGGCGACGGCGAGGAAAUUGCCGGCGACGAGUUCUUCCAGCGCUACCACUUCCCGCAGACGGGCCAGUCCGGCAAGGACGAAGCUUCCUCGAGCUCUGUCGACUCGUCCUCCGACACCGAGGGGCCGCUCUCGCCCACCCACAUCAAGAACCGCCAGCCAGCGCCCGCAGACACGGCUGCAGGCCCACAAUCGCCUGCGCCGUCGACAGGUUCGGGAAACAGCGACGCAGCGUCCGCCAUGCAGGACAUUAACAUCGCUGUCCUGGGCGCCCGCGGGACAGGGAAGUCCACCUUCAUACGCCACGCUCUCAAGCUGCCCGAUACCGGUGCCGCGGCGACAUGCACGCGCAAAAUGACCAUCGACGGAGGAUACUACAUAGUGCGCUUCUUGGAAAUGACCUUCAACGAGGUGCACAUUGGAGACCGGAACAGUAUCAAAUGGCCGGAAACGGUCGAUGAUCUGGCAACGCCGCGAAUAGAUGGAGCUGUGACCAUAUAUGAUGUCACAAGCCAGGAGAGCCUGGCCCGGGUGCCAGAAAUGCUCAAUGUGCUCUCCAAGGCCAAUCUUCCCUUCAUAUUGGUCGCCUGUAAAUGCGACCAACACCCCGCGCACCGUGAAGUCGACCCUGCGGUAGUUGAGCAGAAGGCGAAGUCAUUCCUAGGAGAUGUGAAUGCAUUUCAAACCUCGGAGGCUUCCCCAGAAACGCACCGAGGUUGCUUGUCCGUGAUUACACGUGCUGUGAUAGCAGCCAAGCGACCUCAAUCUCAAGCAUCCAUGGCUCGACGUCGAGCGAAUUCUUCUGCCGUGCGCUCCAGCACCGCGAAGGAUCCAUGGGGACGAAAACACGAACGAGCAAGUUCCGAAUUCUCGGCCCGAUAUCGACCCCGUUCAUCCGAGGUGAAGGGUCACAGAUACAAGUCGAGCGAAACAAACAAGACAUUUUUCAACUUUGAAGAAGAAUACGACUCGAAUGAGUCCGAUGAAGAGGUGUCAGACGCUGAACAGAGUGUCGCCUCCGAGAUGCCCACUGACGAAACUGGAUACACGUUCGACCAAUUGGUGGAUCGUUUGCUAGCCCAGCCGAUGUCGAAGAAUGAUUCAAAAUUUGGGUCGAUAUUCCUCGCGCUAUACCGGAAAUUUGGAACCCCUGGUCAGCUUCUCGAAGCGAUUCUGAAACGAUUUGAAAGCCUCAAGCGGAAACAGAACCCGCCAGUGAUACGAAUCAUCGCUCAACUACGCUAUUGUGCUAUUUUGCAACAAUGGGUAAGCUACUAUCCAGGCGACUUUGCUUAUCCAACAACGCGCAAGAUGUUACGAAGAUUUGCCACAUCAUUAGCCUGCGUACGCGAGUUCGCGGCGGCAGGAAAGGAGAUCCUUCAUGAUCUGGAGGCGGUCACAGAAGAUGACGACACGGAUUGGGCAUGUAGCGAUCGGCAACGGGCUCAAAAUGAGCAGAUACCGACAUUCCAUACUGUUCUGGACGAAGAUUCUGAGGACGACGAUUUUACGAGAGCGCUUGGCCACAUGUCCAUGUCAUCUGAGCGAUUAUCGAUUGCGCGGAGCAGUAUGACAGGCAUGUCACGAUUGACUUCGUCAACAACUGCGUCGGGAAGCUCGACACAGACUUUGCUCCACGCGGUGGAGAAGAAUGAGAGGCUAGCCAGACAGCUCAUUCCCAACCCGAUCAAGCCGCUCUCGAAGAUUCAGUGGCAUCAGCUCAUGAACGAGCCCGAGGAAGCGAUUGCCAAAGAACUCACGAGGAUUGACUGGAUCAUGUUCUCUGCUAUACGGCCUCGCGACCUCAUCCGACAUGUAAGCAUGAAUGCGGAAGAAAAGAAGAGGUACAAGAGCUUGGAGAAUGUUACCCGGAUGACUGAGCACUUUAACCACAUUGCUUACCUGGUGGCGAACUACAUCCUCCUUCGCGACAAGCCGAAACAUCGAGCUCUGAUGCUUGAGAAGUGGAUGAAGAUUGCUCGCGAGCUACGGAAGCUGAACAAUUACAACACCCUCGGCGCUGUCCUAGCAGGCAUCAAAGGCACCGCCGUUCAUCGUCUCGUAGCGACCCGUGAUCUAGUGCCUCAGACAACAGGACGCGACUUCAUGAAACUUGAAAUCCUCAUGGGAACACAGAAAUCGCACUUCGCAUACCGUCUGGCAUGGGAGAACAGCUCGGGUGAGCGCAUUCCCUACAUCCCACUCCAUCGACGCGACCUUGUUUCCGCAUCCGAAGGCAACUCAACCUUCAUCGGAGACAAGAACAAACUUCCAUCAGCAUUUACUCCACAUCCGGGCGUCAGCGUGUUCCAAGGCGCGCCAGGAAAUAGAGAUUCUCGGGAGGCGCCACCAGGCGGCGUAACAGGGAAAGAACGGAUCAACUGGCGGAAAUUCGAAAUCAUGGGCGAGGUAAUCGUGGGAGUUCAACGCGCACAGGGAACGCCGUACCCAUCGGGGGGCAAGAACGAGGAGAUCAGAAAUCUGAUUCUCGACGUCAAGAUCUCGAAAGACGACGAUGAUCUCUACGAACGCAGCGUCCAACUCGAAGCCGCCGGCGCAGGAGAAAAGAAGAGAUUCGUCAACUGGUUCCGCGAGCGUUAG